AUGGCGACAAACGCUCCUUCAACGGCAAACGGCCAGGCUCCCACCAAUGUUGACACGGGUCCUACUGUGGACACAAUCGUCGCUGCCCCCGUCAACGCCGUCGAAGAUGGAGACGAUGACGGCUUCACAGACACCGGGAGUGCCACCACGUCUUCAACUGCAUCAUUGACCGAAAGUGUCACCGAGUAUCGCCGUCUCCACGGGCGCACUUAUACGCAGAAGACGGACUAUUGGGGCCCAAACGAUGAGAAGCAAAACGAAGCCCUCGAUCUGAACCAUUAUUGGCAGACGCUGUUUCUUGAACACAAGCUGUUCCUGGCCCCAAUCGGAAACAAAUCUCACAAAGUCCUCGACCUCGGCACAGGAACCGGCAUAUGGGCCAUUGAUUUUGCGGAUGAAUUCCCCUCCGCCGACGUCACAGGCGUUGAUAUAUCACCAAUCCAGCCUUCCUGGACCCCUCCGAACUGCAAAUUCCAGAUUGAUGAUAUUGAACGGCCUUGGACAUGGCCAGUCGGGUUUUUCGACUUCAUCCAUGUUCGUAACCUCGAGGGAAGCGUCUCAGACUGGCCGAGGAUGUAUGAGCAGGCUUUUGAACAUCUCCAGCCUGGCGGCUGGUUCGAGAUCAAAGAGUUCGACUUCCAGAUCCACUCUCAGAAGUUCGGCGAUUCUCUCGAUAAAGACCACAUCUUCACGAGAUGGGCUGACGUUAUGUUCCCGGCAUUGGAACGCCUUGGCAAGACCGGAAAAUAAACCCGCAACCACGGCAUAGCGGACGCUCUGGGAGCGGCUGGGUUUAUCGACAUUGUGGAGAAGAGCUGGCCGGUCCCUGUCGGACCGUGGCCUGCAGACCCUGUGUUAAGGGAAGUCGGCAUUUGCAACCUCGAGUACCUCGACCAAUCCCUUGAAGGGUUCGGAACUUUCCU